AUGUCAGACGAAUCACUUGCAGAGGAGGGCUUCUACGGCUCUGAAUUAUUUGACUUUAUGAAACUGAUUGUGGAUGAUGACCCUGAGCUUAAGAAGAAGUCCAUUGCCAAGGUCAACUCGGUUUGUGUGAUUACCUUGAAAAACCCAAAGGGCGAGAGUAAGUCCUGGUUGUUGGACUUUAAGAAGGAGGGUAUUGUGAAGAAACUUGACGGCAAGGCCCCCAAGUCAGACAUUCACUUGACCUUGAAAGAUAAGGACUUUGUCAAGUUGAUCAAUAACGAGGCCAACCCACAGAGAAUGUACAUGGGCGGCAAGUUGAAGAUCAAGGGUAACUUGAUGAAGGCUGCGUCGAUUGAACCAUUCUUGCGUGAAGUGGACCCAAGAACCAAGGCCGAGAAGGCCAAGUUGUAA